AUACUCUAAACCCUCCCUCGCCUUGAUGCUAGCUUCUCAACUAUUUACCAACAUGCCCUUUUAAAUUGUUUGUAAAAUUUAUUUAAUUACUAAUAUUCUAUUGCUCUAAGAGGCAAAUAAUUAAUUAAUUUAAUUUAGAGAAUACAAAGUGUGGAUGAUGAACCAAAAAUUGAUGUGCACCAUAUAUUAAUAGCAUCUAUGUUUUUUGUCUGUGUCAUUAAAAAUUCUAAUUUUGCCUCUCUGAAAUGAAGCCUCCUUCUCCCAACAACUCCUCCUCCUCCUCCUCCUCCUCCCCUUCCCUCCCCAGAAAGCCUCGCUUCUCCCCUUACCUCUUCACUCUCUUGGUCUUCAUCUUCUUCGUCGCCGUCCUCUACGGUGAAGACCUCGCCUGCAUCUUCAGCCAGCAGCUCCAACUCGACCUCGCCCCCGCCCGCCCCUCCCCCGCCACCCAGAAGAAGUGGGAGAAAUUGCCAUUUGCAAUAGGGAAACUGAAGGAGGAGGGGUGUGACGUGUUCAGUGGGAGGUGGGUUAGAGACGAGGUGACUCGGCCGCUAUAUGAUGAGUCAGACUGUCCGUACAUACAACCGCAGCUGACGUGUCAGGAACACGGCCGGCCGGACCGGAGUUAUCAGUACUGGCGGUGGCAGCCCCACGGCUGCGAUCUUCCAAGUUUCAAUGCGAGCCUAAUGCUAGAAACCCUAAGGGGAAAGAGGAUGAUGUUCGUUGGAGAUUCUCUGAAUCGGGGUCAAUAUGUUUCAAUGAUCUGUCUCCUUCACUCUCUAAUUCCCGAUGAAGAGAAAUCCAUAGAGACCUUCGAUUCACUCACCGUUUUCACCGCAAAGGAGUACAAUGCGACGAUUGAGUUCUAUUGGGCACCGUUUCUUCUAGAAUCGAACUCGGAUAAUGCGGUGAUCCAUCGAAUUUCAGAUCGGAUAGUGAGAAGAGGCUCCAUUAAUAAGCAUGGAAGGAAAUGGAAGGGGGUCGAUAUUAUGGUUUUCAAUACUUACCUUUGGUGGAUGACUGGCUUGAACAUGAAAAUCCUGCAAGGGUCGUUCGAGGACGAAGUACAAGACAUAGUAGAGCUCUCAACCGAAGAUGCUUAUCGUAUGGCUAUGAAGAGCAUGUUGAGAUGGGUUAGAAAGAAUAUGAACCCUAAAAAAACUAGGGUUUUCUUCACUAGCAUGUCCCCGUCUCAUGGAAAGAGCAUUGAUUGGGGCGGUGAAGAAGGUGGGAACUGCUACAACCAAACAACUCUAAUUGACGAUCCAAACUAUUGGGGUUCUGACUCGAGAAAAAGUAUAAUGGAAGUGAUUGGAGAUGUGUUCGGGCAGUCAAAGUUUCCAAUCACAUUUCUCAACAUCACGCAGCUCUCGAGCUAUCGUAGGGAUGCGCAUACGUCGAUUUACAAGAAGCAAUGGACCCCGUUAACGUCAGAGCAGCUAGCAAACCCGGUCAGCUACGCGGAUUGUGUCCAUUGGUGCAUGCCUGGCCUCCAAGAUACUUGGAAUGAGCUUCUUUUUACCAAACUUUUCUAUCCUUACUAAUGGUUGUUUUUUU